AUGGUUGGGAAGGCCAGAUCUUCUAAUUUUACCUUAUCUGAAAAGCUCGAUUUGCUAAAACUCGUGAAGCCGUAUGUUAAAAUUCUCGAGGAACAUACCAAUAAGCAUUCUGUAAUAGUGGAAAAAAACAAAUGCUGGGAUAUUAUAGCUGAUAACUACAAUGCCAUCGGAGUAGAUCGCCCUCCUCGCACUGCACAGGGCCUGCGCACGCUGUACAAGAGGCUCAAAGAAUAUGCCAAACAGGAGCUAUUGCAGCAAAAGGAGACUCACUCAGAUUGUAAAAGCAGCAUUUCCGAGCCAACCAAGAAAGUUGUGGAGAUGAUUCCACAGAUUUCCAAUGUGUGUUUAAGAGACAGGAGCAGUGUUCAAAGUGCUAGUAUCGAUAAAGAAACAAUUGCUGGUACCAGUUCGCCACAGGCAAUGUUGGAUCACCAUCCUGCGACAGUCAUGAUGGACUUGCAGUCAGAAGAGGAUGUCAAACCCCCUCCUUCUCUGAUUAUAGACUCACAGCAAAAUGAGAACUUAGGACAAGAGGAAGAACACCAGCUGGUGCAUAUUAUGGAAAGGUCUCCUUCAACAUCAGUGUCUUCAGUUGAUAUGAGAGUGAUGAUGUCUCCUUCCCCUGUACCAAGAAGAGAUGAGUUUUUUAGGCUUGAGGUUGGAGAACGCUUUAGACCAAUGUAUGGUUAUGACCCACAGAUGUUACAAAUGCUGAAAGAGGAGCAUCAAAUAAUAUUAGAAAACCAAAGAAAAAUUGGUCUUUAUGUCCAAGAGAAAAGGGAUGGUUUGAAAAGAAAGCAGCAACUGGAAGAAGAACUGUUGCGAACAAAAAUCAAAGUAGAGAAGCUGAAGGCAAUACGACUACGCCAUGAUCUGCCAGAAUACAGCAGUAUCUAAAUAUUUUAUUACUUCUGUCAUAUUCUUUGAAAUACUUAAUAAUAAAUGCAAAAUUGUUUUUUAUGCUAACAUGGAUGGAUCAAAAUCUGGGCUUGAGACAUGAAAGCAUAUGUUGUUUAAGUACCCUAGAAAAAUACCUCAUAUGAGUUUUAAUGCACCAGCUCUUCUGGUCUAAAGUAUAAUCAAAUCCACGUUUGUUUAGAUUGAUAAAAAUCCAAACUUUAAAAAUAUUUUGACUUAUCACUAGAGUUGUGAUGAGGUAAUGGAAAUUUAACUCAGCUCUUGCUAAAAAUGUUGGUCAUAUGCAUUAUUUUUUCAAAUAAUCACCUUUAAUAUCUUAAUGAAGUUGCAGGUAAAUAAGUGCAUAUAAGAACAAGAGAAAUAAGAGGCUAUGUUUAAAUGUUUUAUUCUUUUUAAGUUGGUAAAUCUUGUGACAGUAGUGUCAUUUUGCUGAUAUGUCAGCUUGGAAAACAAAAUUACUGGAUUGUUAUAUUUUUUUAAUGUUCAGUAGACAGUUGAAUAAAUGUGCAUCUUUUUAAAAGUUAAUACUUUUAAAUUGUUUCCAGUGGAGAAAUGUUUCCAUAGGAUGUUAUCAGAAUUGAGACAAUGAAUGCAACACUUGGUUUUUAAAACUGCAUGCAUGUGUAAUUUGUGUGUACAGUUACCAUGAUUGUGUAUUCAGUUAUAGUAAUUAUACUGGUGAUCAACCACAUAAAUAUCUACUUUGCUCAUUUGCAUGCAUAAUUACUACAAUGCAUGUGCAACCAAGACAGUUGCAGGUGCCUUUGAUCAAUAUCACUAUGACUAAGCU